AUGAGACUGAGAACGUUGCUUACUAGGUACACUAAGUAUCUAAGUGAAAGAGGAAGAGAGAAGAUUAGGUUGCUUACUAGGUACACUAAGUAUCUAAGUAGAGACUACCCAGAUGAGGAAUUGGGUGGGCAAGAGAAGAGUAGAAUUACCGAAGAGCAAGGAAACUCAAAAUUUUGCAGUUUUGGAAACUGCAUUGCAGUUUUCAUUUAA